GAACGAUACAUCAAUAUUACUGAGUGUGCUUGUGCUACGAGGACGACUGCUUACCCUUUUCGUGGAGCACUAAAAGUAUCAGAUUUGAUGUUGCUAUUUCCUUGUCUUUGCGCAUUCUGUUUUCAAUUUGACACAACUACUUGUACUUCUGUAGACUGACCACAUGUAAGCACAACAAUGGACAAUUCUUCAGCAUCACAUGAUCCGCCGUCUUUUAGUACGUCAAAAGCAAGUAAGAGGCAAAGGUUGCCUGCGCUAGGCCGCAAGACGGGCGGUCCUCAGAGCGAGGCGGACAGACUAGCAGCGCUUGAAUCCCUGUGGAGGAAACAGGGAGAGAAGCGCGCGCAGAUCGAGCGCACUUGGAGGCAGUCCUGCUCUAUCGCGCUUUUGACAGAUGAGCUGCUUCUGGAAGCGGUAGAGGGCCUAGAGCGUAGGUGUGCAACUGAGCUGCUGGUUGCAGAACAGACAAUGACCAGAGGCAAAGAAGACGGAGUAAAGACGAAAGCAGAGGUUGCAGCGGCGAAGGAAGACCACGAAAUGGGUUCUGCAGUCGGUGAAGGUAAUAGAGAAGGAGCGGACUACUUCACAGGCGAGCGUGAUCCAGGACAUACGUCCUUAUUGUCUCCAUCCCGGCAGAGUGCGAAGACUACGAAGCGCGCGGGGUCCGCCCACGAGACAGCUGAUCCUGCAUUGCACGACCCAUCGCGCCGCUUAGAAAAUGGAACAGCCGAUGAACCUGCCGCAAAAAAACGAAAGUCGGAUAAGAAAACUAGCGCCCACGCAAGCUCCUCCAGCCAUGCUACUACAUCAUCAUCGUCACCCUCACCCAUUGAUGUCUUGGCGAAGCAUGGUCCUCCGUCGAGCUAUGCAGCUACCCUAAGAGGGCACCAAAAUGAACUGCUUCUUGUUCAGACGCGCGGCAAGCUCCAGAAACAGGGACAAAUACUGUUUCCAGAGGAUGCGCUGUAUCUGGCAGAGAGAGGGAGCCUUGUCGUUUUUAGACUUCUGAGUCACAAUCAGAAAAAGCAGGGGUUCGAAGAUGAAAGACCGCAGAAGCUCAGUCUUGAUCAGGUCUACAAGCUUGCUGCUGAUGCGAUUGGCCUAGAUGCCUAUGUCGCGUACGCACGCCUUCGAAGAGCCGGCUAUACAGUCACGCGCGACUUGCCAGAAAUCAAUCCUGAUUUGCCUGGGAAAAACAAAGACAAAAACAACAUGGCCAUGGAUCAAGCUUCUGCAAUAGCGGCUAAGAAAAGUGACGCGUCUACUUCACUUGACCCAAAGCAGGUGGCUGGCAAAGAAGAUACAAGCACUGGCGAUGGCAAAAUCGUAAACAUCAAGAGCGAGAGACCUCCUACUGCUGCAGCUUUCUCAGCGAUGAUAUCGCAGAAAGUUCGCGACACUCUUCUUUCUUGGGCCAUCGAAGCAAGUCCGGAUAUGAAUGACACGACACAUGCAGAAAAAGCACGAAAGGACGCCACCACGAUUGCUAACGCUUGUGACAGCACCACGGUGCGCAAGGAGAUCUGGUUACCCGUGUCAAAGCAAGCGCCCGGAGCCGAAACAAAAGCCAAAGAGCCUGCACGACCAGGAGUUGAGGGCGUUUACCCUCAAAAACCUACAACUGAGCACAAGGAGGUCAAUAUAGAAGUACCUUCAUCUAGUUCCUCUUGCUUACACUGGCGAGUCAGUAGUGCCCGAGAAGCGGUGAAGCCGCUUAUAAUCGUAGAUGGCCAUUCAGAUUUUGGUGGUCUUCCCGAUGAAGAGUGCUGCGUGGCCUUAUCAAGUCACGCUGACGUAAACACUUUGGAACUCGUUCCAUUCGAUUUUUCAUAGCUUUUUUAGACGCAUCGGAAAAAGCAGCGAAAAGCAGUCUUUUUUAUUAUGAUCAUUGUUUUUGUUAGGUUUUUCAUUUUUUGAUGGAUGACAGCCAGUGUCCGUCCUGAUGAUCAUGUGUGUAG